AUGCAGUCCUUCACCAACUAUCCAUUGACAAUGUUCGACUCAGGGUCUCCCCAGGUUUACGUCACAUUUUUCCUCCUAUUCCAUGGCGUCGAUGUCAAGGAUUGCCUUUCCUUGUUUGAAGAGGGGGUCGGCCAGUUGGUCAACCGGCUUCCCUUUCUAGCUGGCGACGUUUCCCCAAGUCCUACCGGCCAAAAAUUUACGGAGCAGAUCCAGCCGUGCCAGGAGACGCUAGCAGCAAUCCCAAUGUAUAAGGUAAAGUACAAUGGAGAGCCGAUGGCCAGGGUCAUGGAUCAGCUCGGUCUUGUAAUUUGGCAUACGGCCUUUUGCCCCCUUCCGCCACUUCUCGAUUCAGUCGCAGGCCGCCCAGUUGUGCGUUUCCAAGGAACUGGGCUCCCGGAUGGUGUUGUUCUAGGAACAUCUUUUAAUCAUCGUGUCUUUGACAUUGUCGGAAUUGACCUUGUUUUCCGUUCCCUUGCCGCUUGUUGCAGUGCAUCCAGUGCUGGAACAACCAUUCCUUGCCCCCUUCCACUAAAUGUGGACCAUGACCUCCAAGUGAGACAAGAGCUCUCUGAUUACAGAGGCCAAAACUGGAAUGACAGCGCGCGAUAUGGAGCAAACUAUCGGCACUACAGCCCAUUUAUGGAAUCCGCCAUAGCAGCCCAUAAUACGAAAAUGUAUACAUUCGCGUCAGACAGGCUGGCUAGCAUAAGGUCCAUAUGCAACAGUCUGAUACCGGAGUGCACCGAGUCGGUCUCAUCCCCCACCAGUUAUAUCUCAACAUCCGACGUCCUAAACGCAAUACUUGCGAUUUGUAUCCAACGAAGUCGGGCUAAAAGACAAACCCAACCAUUAUCUGUGCAGCGCCAAGGAGAGCUUUCCUUCGCGGUGAACCUGCGUCCAAUGCUGCAAGAGCAGAUUGAUGCAAACGGAUAUUUUGGAAACCUUAUCACCAUGUUACAAGUCAGUCCAAUCACCCCUUCAAACUUGCCUGGACCCGAGUAUCCGCGGUUUGAUCUGUUGCAGAUAACCACUCUGGCGCUGCGCAUCCGCCAGAAACUUCAAACCGUCGACAAUGAGUAUGUUCAGCAACUAGGCAGUUACCUCGACAGGCAGAAAGACUAUCUCUCCCUGAAGUUUUCCGAUGUCAGCUUCACCAACCACAGGGCCUGGAAUAUUUAUGACUUGAAUUUCGGGAAAACACUCGGGAAGAUCGAUGCUCUGCGGUAUGAGACUUGGCCUAUCGACGGGUUUUGUGUUGUCAUGCCGGCGAGGAUAAACGACCCCUCUUCUUGGGCUGACGUUGUCAUCACCCUAACCCCCGCGGUUCUCGAGACACUGGAUACGGAUCCCUUGUUCAAUUUUUUAUUAAGCAGGGAGCAGCUAGUGACGGCUAGACCGGGGGUCAUCCCUUCUUCGUCUUUGUAA